GUACUCGUGUAUAGCAUAGUGACUUCAGAAGCUAGAUGGGGUUGGGUUUUUUUUAGUGACUUUGGUUUUAUCAUUUUGCCUACAUUUCUGUUGUUUGGAAAUACCCUUAUUCGCAACCAUGAAGAAGGAGAGUGUAUGGUCGCUUGUGAAGGUUGCCGUGUUGUCGAUAUGCUGUGGAAUUAUAACAGUUGAAUGUAUCACCUUUGACCCACAGCAGCAGAUCCCUGUACAGGUGGACACGACCUACGUCCAGCUGAGAUGCCCGUUACAACGCUGGGGCGUGGUCAGACCAGUCACGUUCAGCUGGUUCCACCGGCCAACGACUGGACAGGAGACACAGAUUUACACCUCCGCCCACUUCACGAUAGCCACGGAUGGGGGCCUCCUUACCAUCGACAGGGUGCAGAAAACUGACGGCGGGGUGUUCACCGCCAUGGCCACCGACGCGGCCGCCAAAACCGGCAACUGCACCUUUUACGUGCAGGUGUUAUACGGGCCCGUCUUUGACACCCCGUCCGUCAGCCAGUUGCAAGUCAACGUUACCCAGUCCUUGGUCCUUACCUGCCCCUACGACAGCAGCCCCGAGGCACGCGUCUCCUGGAUGAAGGACGGCAUCAUGCUGGGCUCCACCCAGAAAUUCAUCUUCAGCGGCAAAAACCUGACCAUCACAGCUGUGGACUCCACUGACAAGGGUAGCUACCAGUGUCGAGCCACCAACACCGUCGGCUCAGCCGUCAGCUCACCGAUAUCAGUCGUGGUUGUGAUUCCGACGGCAUUCGUGACCACGCCAUCCUCUGUAGAGAUCUUCAUCACGGGAGAGCCCGCCAAUCUCACCUGCAGCGCCAUGGGCUCCCCCCGCCCAACAAUCGAAUGGAAAAAGGGUACCGUCACACUGACCACCGACAGUCUUCACAUCAUCACCCAGUCCAGCGCCGAGGACGUGGCUAUCUCGUCCCUGGAGUACAGAACCAUAAGCGUGGAGGCUCAAGGCAAAUACACCUGCACUGCCCGCAACCCAGAACAGACCCUGCAACACCUCUUUGAAGUUGCUAUCCAUGCACCUCCUGAGAUAACGUCCGUCUUUGAGUCCACCAUGUACGUCAAGAUUGGCAAGCCCAUGACGCUAUACUGCCAAGCCACUGGAAUUCCUAAGCCGUCCUUCACUUGGUUUAAGGACGAUAGGGCUAUAGCGCGUGUGGCAGAUACCCAUUUCCAGGAAGGUUGGGAUGGGUACCUGAGGGUGACUGAGGUGAUCGGCUCUGACAAAGGGCUGUACCAGUGCCGCGCUGUCAACGAUGUCGGGGAAGCCUUCUCGGAAGCUUUCAAUCUGGUGGUAACUGGCCUGCACUUUCUGGUGAAGCCGCGUCCCAAUAAGUACAUCAUGACCAACAGCACGGCCCGUAUGAACUGCAAAGUAGCCGGCGCCCAGAACAACGUACCGGUGGCCAUCGAUUGGUUGAAAGACGGCAGGCGUGUGGACGCGCGGUGCUCACAGGCCGACUUCAACAAUUCCCUGUGUACGGGCACCUUUGUCAUGGGCCGCUCUCUGUAUAUCAGCCGCAUGGCCACAGCUGACGAGGGUGUGUACACCUGCGAGGCUACAGAGCAGGCCGGACGGAACCCAGAGACCAUCCGGGCAGAUUCCCUGAUACAGAUCCUAGUCCCUGUGGAGUUUGAUCCCGUCUUGCCUCGAACGGUACGCGGUGACUUCCACAGGGGGCUGACGGUACGUUGCCAGGCGACCGGAACGCCCACACCCAAGAUAGAAUGGUAUCGCCAUGGCGUCCGCGUCCUCAACAACACACACAGAGUAGUGACUGGUGGUCUGAUGAAGUUCCUUGCCCUUCACGUGGCCGACUCUGAUCGAUACACUUGCAUCGCGUCCAACAAAGCCGGCGAGAAAGUGCAGAAUGUGCACAUCAGUAUCAACACUAUUCUGACUACCCCAGCUGCCCUCAGCCUCACCAUCACACCAUUCAGUUACAAUGCCCAGAUCCAGUGGGGCGUCAUCGCCAACGGCGGCUACGCGGUGACGGGCUUCCAGUUGGAGUACAGACAGAUCAAGCCCACCGUCUCCGAGUGGACCGUCUUCGAAGACAUCGGGAUUAGUGAGCGGUCCUUGGGCAUCAAGAAUCUAGACCCCGAUGCAUCGUACCAGGUCAAGGCCUGGGCCAACAACCAGCUGGGCAAAGGCGAGGUGGUGACCAUGGAGUUCCAGACUGUGGCAGAGGAGGGUGGCGGUAUUCUGCAGCUGUCCCUAUCCCAGCUCCUCAUCAUUGUCAUCAUCAUCAUUGCUGCCGUCGGCAUGCUGAUUGCCAUCAUCUGUGUCAUUGUCUGCAGGCGUCACGGGUCCAACCUCGCCGUCAUGAGAGCCAGGCAGAGGGCCCAGGCGGAUGACAACCAAGCCCUGGUCACCAACCAGCAGGACCAGUCCUCCCAUGUCAACCCCGCCUACGAGGGGGGAGGCAAGGCCCAGAAGGACAUGGAGCUCAAGGAGGUCAAGCCUCAGGAGGAAGGGGGCGGGGGCGGGGACGCCAAGGCUCAGGCCGACGCCCCCUCGGGGCAGAACGGCGAAGCUAAGAAGGAGACCACUACGACGUAAGGACAAGAUCCUGCAAGUAUGAAACCCUCAAGGAUCUGAACAGCACCGGAUUGCUCAUAAUGCUUUUCAUGCAUUUUGUUGAGUUGUAUUACACAACUCAAGAUAAGGCCCAAAAAAAAAAAUAAGUCGGUCUCUGGUCAGCGCAGGCGUCGAUUUUAAUCAUGCGCGUCGAUCUUUUUUUUUUUCCAAAAUGUUC